UCGUCGGUCAACAGGCAAACCAGCAGCUCCUACGCCACUUUCUUUAGUUCCUCCUGUCUUGUCAACCGCUCGGGGAUUCACUCUCCUCCGCCAUGGCCGAGGCUAAGGACAUCGAGAAGCUGUUCGAGACGGACGGCUACUUGCGGCCGUUUGAGCACGAGAUCCGUCGCCGUCAUGGCGUGCUCGAGGAUUGGCUGAAUAAGAUAAACCAAAGCGAGGGCGGACUGGAUGGCUUUUCGACGGCCUACAAGCACUACGGCCUUCAUUUCCAGCCGGACAACUCGGUGAUUGCCCGGGAGUGGGCACCUGGAGCCAGAGAUGUCUAUCUCACGGGUGACUUCAACAACUGGCAAUGGGAAUCCCAUCCGUUUAAAAAGCUCGACUACGGCAAGUGGGAGCUCCACCUGCCCCCCAACGAGGACGGCAGCCCGGCCAUCAAGCACAUGAGCGAAAUUAAGAUUAUCAUUCGCAACCAUUCCGGUCAAUUGCUGGACCGCCUGUCGCCCUGGGCCAAGUACGUGGUGCAGCCGCCCAAGUCGGCCAACCAGGGGGUCAACUACAAGCAGUACGUGUGGGAGCCACCGUCCUACGAGCGCUAUCAACGCCAGCACGCGGGUCCGCCUAGACCCAAGUCGCUUAGGAUCUACGAGUGCCAUGUGGGUAUCGCCUCUCAGGAGCCGCGGGUCGGCAGCUACGACGAGUUUGCCGAUCGCAUUGUGCCGCGCAUCAAGCGUCAGGGCUAUAACUGCAUCCAGGUUAUGGCCAUCAUGGAGCAUGCCUACUACGCCAGUUUCGGCUACCAAGUGACCAGCUUCUAUGCGGCCUCCAGCCGUUAUGGCAACCCGGAGCAGCUGAAGCGCAUGAUCGACGUGGCCCAUUCGCACGGCCUCUUCGUUCUGCUCGAUGUGGUCCACUCGCAUGCCUCCAAGAACGUUCAGGAUGGUCUGAACCAGUUCGAUGGCACCAACAGUUGCUUCUUCCACGAUGGAGCCCGUGGCGAGCACUCGUUGUGGGACAGUCGUCUCUUCAACUACGUGGAGUACGAGGUGCUUCGUUUUCUGCUUUCCAACCUGCGUUGGUGGCACGACGAGUACAACUUCGAUGGCUAUCGCUUCGACGGAGUAACCUCUAUGUUGUAUCAUUCGCGUGGCAUUGGGGAGGGCUUCAGCGGCGACUACAACGAGUACUUUGGCCUGAACGUCGACACGGAUGCGCUCAAUUAUCUGGGACUGGCCAAUCAUCUGCUGCACAAACUAGAUUCGAGGAUUAUCACUAUUGCAGAGGAUGUUUCUGGAAUGCCCACCUUGUGUCGCCCCGUUUCCGAGGGUGGCAUCGGAUUCGACUACCGCCUGGGUAUGGCCAUCCCAGACAAGUGGAUCGAGCUGCUGAAGGAGCAGAGUGACGAUGAGUGGGACAUGGGCAACUUGGUGCAUACGCUGACCAACCGUCGCUGGAUGGAGAACACAGUGGCCUACGCUGAGUCUCACGAUCAGGCGCUGGUGGGCGACAAGACCAUCGCCUUUUGGCUGAUGGACAAGGAGAUGUAUACGCACAUGUCGACAUUGUCGGACUCCUCAUUGAUCAUCGACCGGGGACUGUCGAUGCACAAGAUGAUUCGGCUGAUCACGCACGCCCUGGGAGGCGAGGCGUACCUGAACUUCAUGGGCAACGAGUUCGGACAUCCCGAAUGGCUGGACUUCCCGCGCGUUGGCAACAACGAUUCGUAUCACUACGCUCGCCGGCAAUGGAAUCUCGUGGACGACGAUCUGCUGAAGUACAAGUACCUCAACGAGUUCGAUCGGGCCAUGAACGAGACCGAGGAGCGCUACGGCUGGCUGCAUUCCGGACCCGCUUGGGUCAGCUGGAAGCACGAGGGCGACAAGAUCAUCGCUUUUGAGCGUGCCGGCCUGGUGUUCGUCUUCAACUUCCAUCCCCAGCGAAGUUUCACCGGAUACCGUGUGGGCACCAACUGGGCGGGCACCUACCAGGCGGUGCUCUCCUCAGACGAUCCUCUCUUCGGCGGCCACAACCGCAUCGAUGCCAACUGCAAACAUCCCUCCAAUCCGGAGGGCUACGCCGGUCGGUCCAAUUUCAUUGAGGUCUACACGCCUUCACGCACCGCCGUGGUCUACGCCCGCGUCAGUGACUAGUUAGUAGACGCGGUUGUCCGGGUCGGACCGGGUCUAUAAAAAUGUUAAUGCCUAAACGAAUUUCACAUUUAGUCAUAGUGCUUGUUAAUGUUACGAAUCGGGAUGCCAUCAUUGAAAUAUAUGCUCACUGAGGUAUAGUUUUCUAAAA